AUGCCAAACAAAUCAAAGCAAAAUACCACAAAAUCCAAUAAAACGAAAAGCAAAUUAACUCCUGCUACGAAUGAUAACACUGACAAUAUUAAUGAACGAGAAAAGCCUGUGGAUAAGAAAUUCGCGCUUGUAGCUGAGAAGCCUGCCACAACCGGUGAAAUGGCAUUAGCAAACAGAGAAGAAAAGCUUGGUACGGAAAAAGUCAGCAAAAACCCAUACGUUGAAGUGGUCCAGAAAAGACUCCGAUCCUUGGGAAAACGACGG